AUGCGAGCGCAAAAAUCUCUCUGCCUAGCAUUUAUCUUGCUCAUCACCCCAUCAAACAUAUCAUGUCAACAAGUUGAAGUCAAAGAGCUCGGUCAAAACACAAAGAUAUUCGACGAUGGAAACUCGGUGUCCUGGAGAGAAGACGACAAGCCAGGACGUACGCAAUUUAAUUGCGAGCCCGAAGACGGGUAUUACCUGGCCAUGAGCGCCGACAACAAGUAUGCAGCAUGCUGUAGUCAGGCUCAGUCUCUCAAGGGCCCCAAGGACACGGGCUUCGCUUGUUGCGGGGGCGGCCACGACAUCGCGGGCAACACAAAGGUCGGGUUUUUGUGCUGUCCAGAGGGUCAGGAUUUCGACGGUCGUCUAUGCCAAUAA